UUAGGUUAUUAUCUUCUUCUUCUUUCUCGUACAAUCUCGAAAGAAACUAAUCCAGUUCGGAGCUAAGCUACGGCAGUUUUUAUCAUCUCAUUCAUCAGCAGCCACGUGUACACUCCAAAUCUUAAUUUGUCGACAUUUUUAAGCAAAAAUGGAGGAGGAGGAAGGUAGUAGUGAUAAGAAUACAAUCACAAAAGAUGGUUCAGUUGAUCACCAUGGAAAACCAGCUCUAAAAGAGACCAGUGGUGGAUGGAGAUGUGGAAUUUUGCUUCUAGUGAAUCAAGGAUUGGUGAUCUUGGGAUUUGCUGGUAUUGAAGUGAAUUUGGUUCUGUUCUCAAAAUCAGUUCUGAGGUACUCUCAUGCUGAGGCUGCACAUACAUUCAGCACAUGGAUGGGAACAGUCUAUUUGUUCUCAUUAAUGGGUGCAUUUCUUAGUGAUUCCUACUUGGGAAGAUACCUAACUUGUGUCGUCUUCCAAGUCAUUUACAUUAUCGGCCUAAUAGCACUAUCCUUAUCAACACACUUAUUUUUACUCACUCCCCAAGGUUGUGGAAAGAUUGGGGAGCAAUGUGAGGCUCACAAACCAUUCCAAAUAGCAUUGUUCUACACAUCAAUAAACCUUAUUGCCUUAGGAAAUGGGGCACCUGAGGCUGCACUUGCAGCAUUUGGUGCUGACCAAUUUGAUGAGGAAGAUCCAAAGGAAAGGCACUCCAAAGCUUCAUUCUACACCUACUUUUACUUGGCUCUAAACCUAGGCGCCUUGGCGGCCGAGACGAUUUUGGUUUAUGUAGAGGACAUGGGGCAUUGGGUGGUGGCUUUCUGGACUUGUACUCUAUCUGCCAUUGUUGCUUAUGCAUUUCUCUUAAGUGGGAAUUUGAGAUAUAGACAUUUUAAGCCUUGUGGCAAUCCCAUCUCUAGAUUCUCUCAAGUUAUAGUGGCUUCUUUGAGAAAAUUUAAUCAAAAGCUACCAUUGAAUGGUGAAGAGCUUUAUGAAGUUCAUUUGAAAGAGAGUGAGAGAAAUGGAAUGAGGAAGAUUCUUCAUAGUAAUGGCUUCAAGUUUCUUGACCGAGCUGCAAUCAUAGUAACAGAAGACAUGAAACUGAUCUCAACAACAACAGAAGGCCAAAGUACUCAAAAUCCAUGGCAUGUUUGUACUGUCACUCAAGUUGAAGAAGUGAAAUGUGUGCUAAGAUUAUUACCAAUAUGGCUCUGCACAAUCUUCUCCUCUGUAGUGUUUGUUCAAAUGCUUUCGCUAUUCAUCGAACAAGGCGCGGUUAUGAACCGAAGAGUCUUCAACUUCGACAUCCCUCCAGCAAGCAUGACCGUAUUUGACUUCAUCUUCACAUCGCUCUUCAUCAUGUUAUACGACAGACUCAUAUUUCCUCUACAUGUCAAACUAACAAAACGAGCGCCAAAGCAUCUGAGCGCCCUACAGAGGAUAGGAAUAGGGCUCGCCAUCGCAUCAUUAGCCAUGCUGGUAGCUGGAGUCAUCGAGCAACGAAGGCGGAAAUUCGCCAUUGAUUCCCUCAAACAAGAGACUAGUUCUUUGAGCAUUAUGUGGCAAAUUCCACAAUAUGUGCUUGUUGGAGCUUCGGACGCAUUUGUCUAUGUGGCUCGGAUGGAGUUUUUUGCUUCGCAGACUCCUGACGGGCUGAAGAGCUUGGGAAUAGGUCUGUCCUUGUCUGCUUCGGCUAUGGGGAGCUAUGUUGCUAGUGCUAUUUUGACCGUCGUGAUGAAGAUUACAUCAAGUGAUGGGAAGCCUGGUUGGGUUCCUCCUAACCUAAAUGAUGGUCAUUUGGAUUGGUUUUACUUUUUAUCAGCUGCUUUGGCUGCACUCAAUUUUGGAUUGUAUGUUGUUUGUGCUAAGCAUUAUAAGCCUAUAUCUUUUGAGAAAAGAGAUGGAGCAACUGAAAUGGAGGUUUUAGAUUCAACUUAGAAUCUUGUGAAAAUCAAAGAAAUCAAUCUCUUUUCCAUCAAAAUUAAUCUCUACAAUAAAUAACAAUGUACCU